AUGUCGUCCGCACCCACCCACAUCCUCUUCGAGUGCGCUACCGGAUGUGCCGUCUUCGAGGUUGCUGCCGUAGAGGAGAUCGGCUCCCUCACCCGGGCCGUUCAGGAGAGCGUCAACGAGGUUAACACUUUCGGCAAGAUGGUUAAGCUCCUCUCCUUUUCUCCCUUCAAAAACGCCCUUGACGCUUUGCAAGCGUCGCUCGACAUUUCCGAGGGUGUCGUCAACGACUACCUCAAGUCGCUCCUCACUCUCAACCUCUCUUUGGGCAAGAAGAAGAGCGUCGUCCUCGGUGUUCAGGACAGGAACUUGGCUUCUUCCAUCGUUGGUGAGCUCGGCAUCCCAUGCGACACUGGAGAGACCUCGCUCGAGCUCAUCCGUGGUGUUCGUCAGCAUGCCGAGAAGCUCCUCAAGGGUAUGGCCGAUGGUGACCUUGCCAAGGCCCAGCUCGGUCUUGGUCACAGUUACUCGCGUUCCAAGGUCAAGUUCAACGUCAACCGAAGCGACAACAUGAUCAUUCAGGCCAUCGCUCUUCUCGACACCCUCGACAAGGAUGUCAACACGUUCGCCAUGCGUGUUCGUGAAUGGUACGGCUGGCACUUCCCAGAACUUGCCAAGCUUACCACCGACAACCUUACCUAUGCAAAGCUCGCCAAGUUCAUUCGCAACAAGGAGCGUCUCUCCGAGGACGACGUUGAAGACAUGUCCGACAUUCUUGCUGGUGACGAGACCGUGGCUAAGAACAUCCUCGAUGCCGCUCGCGCCUCGAUGGGUCAGGAGAUUGGCGAGCUCGACAUGCACAACAUCCUCAACUUUGCCGACCGUGUCAUCAACCUUGGCGAGUACAGGAAGAACAUGCACAAGUAUUUGAUCGAGAAGAUGCACUUGGUUGCACCUAACCUUUCCGCAUUGCUCGGUGAGAUCAUUGGUGCUCGUCUCAUCUCGCAUGCUGGUUCCUUGACCAACCUUGCCAAGUACCCCGCCUCGACUGUUCAGAUUCUCGGUGCCGAAAAGGCGCUUUUCCGUGCGCUCAAGACAAAGGGUAACACACCCAAGUAUGGUCUUAUCUACCACGCCUCCGCCAUAGCACGUGCUGCACCCAAGAACAAGGGUCGAAUGUCUCGUUUCCUUGCCAACAAGAUCUCGAUCGCUUCCAGAAUCGACUGCUUCUCCGAGACACCCACCACCAAGUUCGGUGAGGUUCUUGCAGUUCAGGUUGAGGAGCGUCUUGCGUUCUAUGAGACCGGUAAGGCUCCUAGCAAGAACUCGGAUGCUAUGAGCAAAGCGAUCAAGGCUAUCGAGGAGGCUGCAGGUGAUCUCAUGGACGAGGAUGCAGAGGACGAUGAGAAUGCUCAAAUGCCCGCCGCUGUCGGUGUCACAGAUCCAACAGACAAGAAGAGCAAGAAGGACAAGGAGUCUAAGAAGGACAAGAAGUCCAAAUCCAAGUCAUCAGACAAGGACAAGAAGAAGGACGUCGAAAAGGCAGCAAAGAAGGCCGCAAAAGAAUCCAAGAAGGAGAAGAAGGACAAAAAGGAGAAGAAGAGCAAGAAGUAA